AUGGUCUAUGGGUUGGCGUGGGCGCCCAUCAGCCGACGCAAAGACCUGAAAGCCAUGGGCUUUGCCGACUCCAAGACGCUGACCGAGGAAAAGCGGGACCACCUGUUUGGGGUGAUCCAGGCGGAGGGCGGCAUGCUGGGCUACCAGGCCGAUGUGCUGUCGGCCGCCUUCAUCUCGGGGAAGAUGCUGGGCCGGGAGCGCGUGUCGCUCAACGCGCUGGCCUUUGAGUCCACCUGCGCCCUGAUCGAGGCAGUAUUGGCGCGGGGGGAGCGGCUGUCACAGCGAUUCCCAGGGGUGCAGUUUGUGGUGGAGGCCAAGGCAGACUCCACCUACCCCAUUGUCAGCGCGGCCUCCAUCGUGGCAAAAGUGACACGUGACCGCACGCUGCGUGACUUUGUACUGGGAGAGAUGGCGGCGUCACUGGACGGUGGCAGCAGCAGCAGCGACGGCUGCGCCGCAGCCCUUUCCACUCAGUUUGGCAGCGGGUAUCCUGCAGAUCCGCAGACGAAACGAUGGCUGGAGGCCAGCAUCAAUCGCGUCUUUGGCUUCCCCUCCCUUGUGCGCUUCAGCUGGUCCACGUGUACCCCACUCCUGGAGCAGCAUGCAGCCACCAUUACCUUCGAGCGCGAUGCGGAGGACGGUGCAGGCACAGGGCAGCAGGUGCUGUCAUUUGGCGGCUGCGCGCUGCCAGCGGGGGGCAUGGCAGCGGCAUCCAGCGGCUUGGGGCGCCAUAGCUACUUCAUGGCACGCAAGCUUCAGCGCUCGCAGCUGUGCUUCUGA